AUGCCCAACAUCCUCAUCCUCGGCGGCUCUGGAUACCUCGGCCUGGCACUUGGGCGAUCUCUUGUGCAGUCCGGUACCCACAUUGUCUGGGGAACUGCACGCAGCGUCGAGAAAGCGAAACUGCUCGCCACCAACGAAAUCACUCCUGUCGAAGCUGAAAUCGCCGACGCCGAGCAACUGCAGAACAUAAUCCUCACCAACUCCAUCGAUGUCGUUGUCGACACUAGUUCCGCGUAUGAACAUGCGGGUGAGAUCCUCCGGGGUGUGAUUUCAGCCGCCACCACCCGCAAAGAGGCCCUUGCGAAAGAGGGCGCCGUCGGUCCCAAGAUCGGAUUCGUUUACACGUCGGGGGCCUGGGUCCAUGGAUCGCCAGGUGUACGACUGAAUGAUCUUGCCCCCGUUGGCAAUGUACUGGCCCAGGAUGAGCCUGCUACCGUUGUUGCAUGGCGCCCUGCGCACGAACAGGCGAUUCUUGCUGCGCGGGACCACUUGAAUGUCGCUAUCAUGAGACCCUAUAUAAUUUACGGACGAGGAUCUUGGGUCUUUGAUAGCUGGUGGGGACCUCUCGCUGAAGCAGCGAAAACUGGAAGUGACUCGGUGGUGAAAAUACCCGCGGACAUCUCGGCUCGAGCGGGAGUUGUGCACGUUGAUGAUGUGGCCUCUGUCUACCAUGCUGCUAUAGAUCGUCUUGAUGGUCAGCUUGGUUCGUGGCCUGUCUUUGAUGUGCUGACUGAGACUAUUUCUCUCGUGGAGAUCAUGGAGAAUUCCAAGACUGUUUUCCAAAUUCAUGCCCCGAUUGAGUAUAUUGGUUCGAUCGGGAACCCAUUUCUGGAAGCAUUAAGUAUAUCCAGCAAGGGCGAUGCAUCUCGGGCUAAGACCGUGCUUGGCUGGACUCCUAAGCGGACCGAAUUCCUGCUGAACCUGCCUGUUUACAUUCGGGCCUGGCAGUCUUCUAAAUAG